CAAAAGCAACAAAACUUACUAAACGUCAUAUUUGGCUUACCUCAUGGAGUAAGAUGCGAGUUGAUCUUGCAGAGCAUACACUAUCAAAAGAAGUUGAAGAUACAUUAGCAUCAAUUGAAGAACUUAAAGAAAUAUCAGAAGGAACACAAGACUUUAUUAAAUAUUCACAAAAUUAUCGCCAAAUAAUACACAGUAAAAUUGGGUUCCGUUCAAUAGAGGAUCCACGUAUUAAUACCUUGAGAGAGAUUCGCGAUUGGUUUGUACGUGGCGAUAAGCAAAAAACUAAACCAACACAAUGGAUCUCAUCCCAAUGUCAAUUUGAUCUAAUUUUGUCUAUUGAUG